AUGGCUAAAAGGGCUGCCGGAUUCGUAAUCUUUCGUAGAUUACGUGAUGAAAUCGAAUACCUACUACUAAAAGCAUCAUAUGGCGAUUUCCACUGGAGUUCUCCAAAGGGACAUGUAGAUCCAGGCGAAGAUGACUACACUACCGCUGUCAGAGAAACUAAAGAAGAAGCCGGGUAUUCUGAGGACGACCUUAUUAUCUACAAGGAUAAUCCAAUUACCUUAAAUUAUGAAGUGAGAGGGAAGCCAAAAACAGUAAUUUAUUGGCUAGCAGAACUGAAAGAUGUGUCGAAAGAACCUGUUCUUUCGGAGGAACAUACUGAGCUAAAAUGGUUGAAUAAAGAAUCCGCAAAGGAGAUAGUUGGAUAUAAAGAUAAUCAAGAUAUGAUCGAUAAAUUCCAUGAAACCAUUUUAACACUAUGCAACAAUAAAUAA